CGUCUGCUCUACUGGCCUCCCAAAUGGGCUCGACUCAUCAGCCCUGAUUUCAUCUAAUUUCCCCAAGCAUUUCAACUCUUCACAACGCGUAAGGGACGAAGAGCAUAAGCACGAUGACAAAUGGUGGUGAAGCUGUGGAUGAGGUCAGCUGGAGGUUCUCAGAGCUGGUUCCCGUCGUGCUGACUUCCCUCAAAGCUUAGUCAAGACCGUCACACACCCAGACCACAUCCCCCCCCCCGACGCCAUGAAGCCAGUUCAUGAGCGCAACCAGGAGUGCCUGCCUCCAAAGAAGCGGGACCUCCCAGUCAAUAACAACAACAACAGCAGCAGUAGUAGUAGUAGUAGUGCUGGAGGAGGUGGUGGUGGUGGUGGUGGAGGAGGAGGAGGAGGAGGAGGAGGGGAUGAAUUGUCCACACAGAGCUCAGGGGCCGGUGGUGACACUCAAGGAGGAGGCCCAGCCAGUGAGUGGCUGCGCGCUCAGCCUGGCCUUCAUUAUGGCCUGGAGAGUGCCGACGGCAUGGCGGGAGUGCCCGUCGACCAGUACGGCAUGCUCUACAAAGUGGCCCUGCCCGCUGUCACCUACUCCUCAAACAGUCUCCACCCAGUGUUGAGCCACAUCUCGCCAGCCUACACUGUACCAUCUUCUCUCCUUCAACAUCCGGGUAUCCCCUACCCACCCCUCGGAUAUGCCCAGAUCCCCCAUUCCUCAUUGCAGUUCAUCAGCUCCCCGUAUGCCGCGGUCCCUUACGCAGUGCCCCCAGGCUUCGUCCCCAGCUCUCUGAUCUCUCCCUCGGGCGCCAUUCCCCAGCAACACUCGGUCUCCCACCUGGUCCCCUACCCAUCAGUCGUCCAGGAGGGGGUGGUCUCCCCUCCUCCCCACACCCAGGUGUCUGCUCAUACCUUUGCCAAAGUCGCGGCGUCGGGCGGGGUCCCUCUGAUGCUGUCCUCGGAGCAGGCCGCCCAGCAGCACCUGGGCGCGGUGGGCGUCCUGCCGACCAUGGAGCUCAGUCCGAGAGGAGUGCCAGUCUUCUACCAUCCUCAGGGCACCAGGGCUGCCCCCACCGCCCGGGAGCUCCACGGCAGGCAGCAGGAGGCCGACAGGGAGGUGAACGGGGGGGAGAGGGAGCAGGGGGCCAGGGAGAUGCUCCAGGACUCGGUGUACGUCGCCAGGAACGCUCGGCUGCUGCAGGUGGCUUGUGGCUCCGCUGCGCUGGAGCACUUUCAGGACAGGGGCCUGAAGAGCCGUAGGCUGGAGGAGAGGGCCUCGCCGGGCCAGCGCAGCACCCCAGAUACCGACCUGGAGGUCCAGCAGGUGGUGGGUCGCCUCGCCUCUCCGGUCCAAGGUGGAAGUGGAGUCCGCAAAGAGGUGUCCUUCGCCCCCUUGAACCUGUCCCAGGGCUCCCAGAGAGGCAGGGAGGCCCACGGGGAAGCGGGGGGGCGGAGUGUGUACGCGGCUUCCCCUGCGAGCUACGCCGACCCCAGAGUGACCUCUCUGCAGCAGCCUGGUCACGCCGUCAUUCUGGCCAAUGGCCAGCCGGUGCUGGUCCCUUUGGAGUACCACCCCCACCAUCAGCAGCAUCAUCAACAGCAUCAGCAGCAGCACUACCCCAACCAGGCCAACGACGCCUCUUCAUCUGCUAACAUGGCCUCCCCUACCCCCUACACUAAAGCCUCUGACCCCCCAGCCAGAGCGUGCCUCCCAGACAAGGCUGCGGCCGAGCUGCUAGCCGUCGAGCAGCCCUCUGCUCUGGCCCUGGCAAGCCUCACCCAGGCCCCUGCCCCGCUGGCAGCUCCGGCCCCGGCCCCCUCCAACCCCUCCCACUUCAUGAAGGGGGCGAUCAUCCAGCUGGCCACGGGCGAGCUGAAGCGCGUGGAGGACCUGCAGACUCAGGACUUUGUCCGCAGCGCCGAGGUGAGCGGGGGCCUGAAGAUCGACUCCAGCAUGGUGGUGGACAUCCGCGCCAGCCCGCAGCGGGCCGGCCUGGUGGCCCUGCACUUCACCGUGGGCGAGCAGCAGAACAAGGUGACCAUCGACGUCCCCCCGGAGCACCCCUUCUUCGUGUUCGGCCAGGGCUGGUCCUCCUGCAACCCGGAGCGCACGGCACAGCUGUACGGCCUGGCCUGCCACCACCUCCAGGUGGGCGACGUGUGCGUGUCCAUCACCAUGCAGCAGCCGGCCCAGCAGCAGCCGACCCCCCAGCACCAGCAGCAUCCGGCCCCAGUCAGGACUUCCACCAAACCACCUACUCCCCAGCCUAUGGGACCUCCCGCCCCCCAGCAGCCAAGACCUCAGCCCCAAGUCCGAAUGGAUCGCAUCCACCGAGAGAGGGAGAGGGACAGGGGGGAUAAGGAGGAGCCCAUGCAGGUUGGGAACGUCGGACACGGCGAGAUGCCCACCAGACCAAAUAGGACUUCGGCAGAACACACCCAGAGCCAGAGCGGUUACUAUUUGCACACGGAGGGUUCUGGUCGUGCCGGGGCGGGGGUCGUGUCGCCUUUGUUGGGGGCGUCUCAGAGACGCUGGUCGGCUCCCGGCCUCCAAAGAUACGCCGUCAAGGGAGAGGAAGGGACGCGUCCUCAGAUGAGUGCCUCCGGCUCUUCGCGGCCCUCCUUCAUCCCGCAGGAGGUCAAACUGUCCAUCGAGGGGCGCUCUAACGCUGGGAAGUAGCAUCAACUACCGGCAGCACACAUCACCGGCACUAACGGAGCGAGAAGCAUGAGCUUUAGAGAAAGAGAGAGAGAGAGAGAGACAGAGAGAGAGAGAGAGAGAGAGAGAGAGAGACAGAGAGAGAGAGAGAGA